AUGCGAAGAAACUAUCAGACCUCAAACUUCAAGCCAUUCCAAUUGCCCACUCUGAGGCGCACAGAUGCCGCCUCACCAUCCAAGAGCAGUGGAGCUGGAACGAUGCAUCAGACACCGAUCAAUGACUCCCAGCAACCGCAACCCAACAUCUCGUCCCUUUGCAAACCUUUCACUGAGCUGACAUCAUCAGCUCCCAAUGAGGACGUUGAAUUGGAUGCUUUCGACCUGGAACUACUGGCCUCAGAAGAUAGAGAGGAGUCAAUUCAAGAUCCAGGAUUUGGAAUUCCUAGAUCUACGCCACUUCAACCCUCUCGUCAACCUGAUCUACAGGCACCUCAAUUUUCCCGUUUCUUUCAGCCAAUCUCGAGUAACCCUUCUUCCCGCUGGAAUGGAUCCAGCUCGUCGGAUCCUGUUUUAGGGCCUUCCUCGAGCCCCUUGACUUUGUUCCAGCAGAAGAAGGAUGGGAUGCGGAUGGGACAGCGCAACCUUGAGACGAAUCGUGGCCUUUACAAUGACGAGACUAGUCAGAACUCACCCCAGGAACCGAUCGCACAAGCGAGCCCCGAGGCUUUGACUGUCAAUAAACAAUGUCAAAAUCCGUUUAGCAAUAUACCACCAUCUGUGCGGGGAAUCGUCCUCGUACCAGUAAAUAACCUACCAGAGAACUACCGCUCGAUGUUUCCUUUCCCACUUUUCAAUGCCAUUCAAUCUAAAUCCUUCCAUUCCGUCUACAACAGCAAUGAUAACAUCGUUUUGUCUGCACCCACCGGCAGCGGCAAGACAGUGGUGAUGGAAUUGGCCAUAUGCAGACUCCUGAACACCCUCAAAGACGAACGCUUCAAAGUAGUCUACCAAGCACCCACCAAAUCCCUCUGCAGUGAGCGCUUCCGAGAUUGGCACUCCAAGUUCUCCAGCUUGAAUCUCAAAUGCGCAGAACUGACCGGAGACACGGACCACACGCAACUGCGAAACGUCCAGAGUAGCCAGAUUAUCAUCACGACGCCCGAGAAGUGGGAUAGCAUGACUCGGAAAUGGAAAGAUCAUAUGAAGUUGAUGCAGCUCGUGAAACUCUUUCUUAUCGACGAGGUGCAUAUCCUGAAGGAGACGCGAGGAGCUACGCUUGAGGCUGUGGUUUCUCGAAUGAAGAACAUUGGAUCGAAUGUGCGAUUUGUGGCACUGAGUGCGACUGUUCCUAACUCUGAGGAUAUUGCUACCUGGCUUGGGAAGGAUGCGACAAAUCAGCAUGUUCCUGCGCACCGGGAGCAUUUCGGCGAGGAGUUUCGUCCUGUCAUGCUGAAGAAGGUUGUCUAUGGGUAUGCGUCUAAUUUGAAUGACUUUGUAUUUGAUAAAGUUUGCGGUUCAAAGUUGCCCGAAGUGAUCGGAAUGCAUUCAUGCAAGAAACCCAUCAUGAUAUUCUGUUGCACGCGAAACUCAUCCCUCGCGACGGCAAAAGAAUUGGCCCGUCUUUUCACAUUGACCAAUCCACCCACAAGGCUUUGGAAGGAACCCAAGAAACGCCUCGAAGUUCAUAACGAGGACCUAAAGAUAACCCUUCCUACUGGUGUAGCAUUCCAUCACGCUGGUUUGGGGCCCGCUGAUCGCCACACUGUUGAGACAGGCUUCAGAGAAGGGAACAUCAACGUCAUAUGUUGCACGUCUACACUUGCAGUGGGAAUCAACUUACCUUGCCACCUUGUCAUAAUCAAAAAUACUGUCAGUUGGCAAGAUGGAGGCUGCAAGGAGUACUCGGAUUUGGAGAUGAUGCAGAUGCUUGGUCGCGCGGGCCGACCUCAAUUCGACGAUAGUGCGACGGCAGUCAUCCUCACCAGGAAGGAGCGCGUAGCUCACUAUGAGAGACUGGUUCAGGGAUCCGACAGUCUGGAGAGCUGCUUACAUUUAAACCUCAUUGAUCACCUCAACGCUGAGAUUGGCUUGGGAAACAUCACGGACGUCCAAUCGGCCGUGAAAUGGCUUGCUGGUACAUUCUUGUUUGUAAGGAUUCGUCGUAACCCGACGCAUUACAAGCUCAAGGAAGGGGCGGACCAAGAAGAUGAGGAUCAGCUGCUUCGCAAUAUUUGUGAGAAGGAUAUCAAUCUUCUUCAAAAAUAUGGGUUGGUCGGAUGCGAAAGCCUUUGUUCGACCCAGUUCGGCGAAGCUAUGGCUCGGUACUACAUCCAGUUCGAGACCAUGAAAGUUCUAUUGUCACUGAAGCCAAAGGCAACAUUGUCCGAAAUUCUAAAUGUGAUCGCUCAAGGUGACGAGUUCCGCGAGAUCCGCCUCAAAGCUGCCGAGAAAUCACUUUAUCGAGAGAUCAACCGUGACCCAGGAAUUCGUUUCCCUAUCAAGGUUGAUCUAGCCCUCCCAGCCCACAAGAUCUCACUACUCCUUCAAUCCGAGCUAGGGGCAAUUGAGUAUCCCGAUAACGACCAACUUCAGAAACACAAAUUUACCUUCCAGCAAGACAAAAGCCUAGUCUUUGCACAUGUCAACCGACUAAUUCGCUGCUUACUCGACUGUCAAAUCGCCCGUGGUGACUCAAUUACGAUCCUUAAUGCCCUUGAACUCGCCCGAAGCUUUGGAGCAAAGGUCUGGGACCACUCACCUCUCCAAAUGAAGCAGAUUGAGCAAGUGGGUGUUGUUACAGUUCGGAAGUUGGCUGCUGCUGGGAUCACUAGUAUUGAAGGACUGGAAUGUGCGGAAGCUCAUCAGAUUGAGAUGGUUCUUAGCAAGAAUCCGCCUUUCGGGUCGAAGUUGCUCUCGAGAUUGAAGGAGUUCCCGAAACUGAGGGUUUCUGUGAAGAUGCUUGGAAAGGAAGUGAAAGUUGACUGUGUCAAUGUCCGAUUCAAGGCUGAAGUCGCGUUCAUGAAUGACAAAAUCCCGACGUUCUUCCAACGUCGUCCGGUUUAUGUGUGUUGCUUGAUAGAGAGGUCUGAUGGUCAUAUGAUUGAUUUCAGACGCACAAGUGCAGCCAAGCUCCAAGAGAAGCUGGAAAUUGAACUCACCGCGGAAUUGGCGAGUGCGGAGCAUGUUAUUGUGUGUCAUGUUAUGUGUGAUGAAAUCGCGGGAACAUCGAGACAAGCUGAGCUCAGACCUAACCUGCCAUCUCACCUCUUUGCCGUUGUGCGAGAUAGGAAUACCAAUUCCCAAAACCCUGAAACCUCGAACUUGCCAUCUCGUUACCCCAAGGGAAAUUUGAAUACUAGAGAGGCAGAGAAACCGAAGACGAACACAUCUCAUCCCCAGGGACGAGAUAUGACCAGCAUCAUGACCAAGUCUCAACAGAGUGUGGACGAUUUUGAUGGCGAUGACUUGGAGCUCGAUGAUUUCCUCGCUGUGAAUGAACCCCGUGGCAAAGCAAAGGAAUUUACAAGGCCACGACCUCGACAGGUUGACGAUUUUGAUGAUAUAGAUUGGUUUUCAAUUGAUGCGACUCCACCGAGCCCAGCCAGGGGAGUACCGAGGGUCUCAAAGCCUCGAGAAGAUGACUGGGCGGUGGACUUGGACGAGCCAGAGGACGAGUACGAGCCAGUCAGACUUGCGAAUGGCAAAUGGGCUUGCAAUCAUAAAUGCAGAGAUAAAACUAGUUGCAAGCAUUUCUGCUGUCGUGAGGGGCUGGAAAAACCUCCGAAGCCGCCGAAGCGGACAAUCCCUACGACCCAAAAGGAAAGUGGUCUCAAUCAGCUGACUAUUUCAGCAAGUAUCACAAAGGCAACUCCGACCAAUAAUUCGAGUUGGGGAAAGCAAGUGGCUAGACAAGGCGUCACGGGGCCCAAGAAUGACGGCCUUGUUUCAAAGGCGAAGCAGAUGUCAAUAUCGCAAGCUGGAAAGAAGAAUCCAAGUCGAGAGAGGUCUAUCUUCUCGGAGCGGGACAAGAACGUGCCUUUCUACCAGAGAAAGCUGGAAAAGCGUCCAGAGAAACCUCUUUCCAGUGAUUACGGUGAUGAAAGCUUCGAUGAUUUGCCGUCUCCGUCACGUCUUCUCAGGAAUAGAGGAUCUGGGUUUGAAAGAUCAGUUUCUCCAGUGGUGGAUGACCAGGCAAAGAACAGCACCAUGGAUGUGCCGGCUAUUGAGACGAAGCAUACAGGUGCCGAGCCCGCGCCCUCCACGUUACGGAUCAAUUUCUCCCAGAAAGACCAAAUGAAGCCAUCCGCCCCAAAAAGACAAUACGAGAUAAUUGAGAUCCUGGAUGACACACCACCAGACUCAAGGAUUAAAACAACCAAGGACUCUCCUGUCAAGCAGAGUAUACUGCCACUCUCAACAAAAGCAGACCAAUCCUCCAUCCUGAAACGGAAGACGAGCCAAGACGAAACACGAAUGGAACACAAGAAACGGGUUAAACAAACUCCCUUUGUUCCUGCUUUACAGGUUCACGCUUCAAACUCUUUGAACGAUGAACCCCAACUGAGUCCUGGGCAGCCUGCGCCUCCUAUUUCUCCCGCAUCUCCUGCAUCUCCUGUUUCUCCCGUUCCUGUGACCGUUGGUCGGAUGGACUUGAAUGCGACAUGGGACAACGAUGGAAUUGAUCUGCUUGAUGAGUUCAAGGAUAUUAUUAGAUUCAUUUAA